CUCUACUGUGAAGUCCGGAGGGGUCCUCCAGUGCCCCCCCCCAGCCCCCCGCCCAGCCUACUUAAUUCGUGACUGUUUCUUGGGAGGGCCUAAAAAACGCUAACUGUCUGAAAUGGGUAAUUUCUAAAACCUGACACUAGCCAUUACUAAAAGGGGAGCCAAGUCCAAAGUUGAAAGUUUUUACAGAGAAUUUUAAGGAUGUAAUUUCACAUCUGUUUGUGUGCUUCUGGCCAUUCUAAGUGGAAUCUCAUCAAAAAUGUACGAACAAGGAAUUCAUGUUAUGAGAGAUAAGAAGAAGACACUGUGUGGAGAUGUAUUUUAAAAAUUGUAUGUAUCGUGGGUUUUUAAUUAGCAUUUCAUUAAUUAGCUUAAGGUCACUUAGACAAAUUGGUAACUAAUUACUUUGGCACCAAAAUGGUAUUUUUUGUUACCAAACUUUACCUCUUUUAACUAGUUGUUAAUGGAAUUUACAAAGAAAGUGCAUUCCUAUUAAUUUUAGUUCUUAGGACUGGACAAGGAUUUUCUAACUUUACCAUUGCCACAGACUAAUGAUAUAAUCUUGAAGGAGUCACUAAUCUCCCCAUAUAUUUUCUGGUUCAUAAAGUAGAGUUGGACUAAAUAUUUGGAAAGAGUUUCCAACUCUGAAAUAAUGAUACUAUAGGACAUAGAAGGGGCUGUUUUUAAAAGCUCUUAUCUUGACAUUGUGAAAAUGAAUACACAGAACCUCAUUAAAAUGGAGUUGGGAGGCAGGAAUGGGGAGCUCUCAUGCCCUGUGUCCCUGGGGAGCCCAGCAAGGGGAAGAAAGACUUCCUCUUCUUGACCAAGAGCUCAGCCAAAGAGAGCUGGUCACCCCUCAGCCAAUGAAAAGCCACUACACGUCAACUCACUUCUUCCGGUGGACUCUGUUUAUGGCAGCCUCCCAACUUCCUCCUCCCCUCUAUGAAAGCGCUUCCCCUCCCCUCUCGCUCACGCUGUAGUGGCUGCCAUGAUUGCAGACCCCAAACUGCAAUCCUUUUUGAUCCCAAAUAAACCCAUUUUGCUGGAGAAAUAAGUGGCUGUCUUUUGGUUUAGGGUCCACACUAUUAAUCACGGUGGCCUGGGGUGUAGAUACCCGAGAGAAAAUCGUAGACCGGCUAGCCAGCUAUGAUUAUCAAACAAUUUUUAGUCCGAUGUAAGCUGUGUUCUGCCGGGUUAUGGGCAUUUGGAAAGUAGACGAUUCCGCUAGUGAUCUUCCAGCAUUUUAAAUACCUUCCACCAUUCUCCAACGUAGGGUAUUUUGAGGAAAUAUUGGAUGGAAACUUCUUUCAUGUGUCUCUUGAUGACAGAAUUGAAAGGGACCAGGAAAGGUUGCAGUAAAAACUACCAUCUAGCUUCUAAAGGAUCUUAGCAGCUCCUAAGGCCUGGAGGGCUCAGCGAUUUGUUCCCACUGCCCUUCCUUUUCUGGCUUUUCACUCACUCCUUAGUAAGUUUAUCCUGCUGGGCUAAUUUUUUGUGUGUGUGUGAGGAAGGUCAGCCCUGAGCUAACCUCCAUGCUAAUCCUCCUCUUUUUGCUGAGGAAAACCCACCCUGAGCUAACAUCUAUUGCCAAUCCUCCUCCUUUUUCUCCCCAUAGCCCCAGUAGAUAGUUGUAUGUCAUAGUUGCACAUCCUUCUAGUUGCUGUAUGUGGGACGCCGCCUCAGCAUGGCCCGACAAGUGGUGUGUCGGUGCCCGCCCGGGAUCCGAAUCAGGGCCGCCAGUGGCGGAGUGCGCGCACCCCAUGCUGGGCUAAUUUAAUGCAAGUGUUGAUCUUUAGAACUGUAUUUUGGAUUAAUUUCUUUCUAGUCUUAAAAUUAGGCCCUCAAUACUAUUUCCCAGAUUACUUCAAUAACUUACUUUUUCUCCCCAUUUCAGUAUAUUUUGGACUCUUCAUAAAAUAUAUCCUUGUCUAAAAACUAGAAGGGCCAAUUCCAGAUUCUUCCACCAGCUUCAAAGGGAAGUGGAGCAAGAAUAACCAUUUACAGGGUGUCUUCUGUGUGAAAGGAUCGGUUUUAGAUACUUGACAAAGGUGGUCUCGUGUAAUCCUGACGGUACCCCUGCAGGUGUGCGUUGUGACACCUGUGUUAGGGUGAGGACGCUGAGUCUCAGAUCUGUGAAGUGUCUUGCCCAGCAGACAGCGUGAGCACGACUGGGCCCCAGGCUUGUCUGCUCCCUGUGUUCUCUGCAGCCUCGUUCUGGAAAGGUGGGCGUCAGCCAGACCCCCCUUCCCCUCCAGCUUCUUCCUGGCUCCCUCUCUCCCCCAAAUAGCACACGUGCUGCUCGGAGUUCCUGGUUCAGUGCCUUUGCUGUUCUCUUAGCUGUAGAGGGGCUUGUUCGUUUCCCUCGAUCCGUCCUGCAAACCCCAGUGUAAGUAUUACCUUUUUAGGAGGCAUUUCACUUACGAUUCUCUGGUCUUUUUAGUGGGAAUUUUUGUUGUACUUACGUGUGUCGUUAUGUUUAGCAGUAGAUUGUUCUCAUUCCUAUUAAUAUGUUCCCUCCAGCUGGCUGGUGAACUGUUUGAGGACAGGGCUGAAUCAGGGUGUGACUGGCUUCAGUUCCUCCGGAAUCAGGGUGCCUGGUAUACUGCGGGGCUCCGGUCGGCCUUCCCACACUUCACUGUCGGUUACACUCUCCCGACAUAUCUUCUCAUAGACCUCUUCAGAGAUCUGUAUGUACACUCUAACUGUGACUGUCUGUUGACUGUGUUUUGACAGUAGAAGAAGUAAAGGAACGUGGUGUCAUAUGCUGAUAUAAUCUGAUGUAGCCAAGCAACAACUCCUCCUGAUUCAGCAUGUUAAAAUAUAAGGGUCGUUCCUCUAAACAGGAGAACUUAGCAGUCACUGCUGUUGCUUUACAAGAUCACAUUCUGCAUGAUCUUCAGCUGCGAAAUCUUUCACUAGUAGAUCAUUCCAAGACAAAGGUGCAGAAGAAAGAGCACAAAUCCAAAUCUCUGAAAAGAAGUGCGAAAGCAAUAGUAGAUACUGGGCUUGGAAAGACUACACAAGGCCCUGAAGUGCAGGACCCAGAAGAAGAAUAUGUUCUUGAUCCAAAACCGCCACCGUUAACUUUAGCACAGAAGUUGGGCCUGUUUGAACCUCCUCCACUGCCACUAUCAUCAGAUGAAUGGGAAAAAGUGAAACAGAGAUCUGUCCUGCAAGGGGACUCCGUGCAGCCCUGCCCCAUCUGCAAGGAAGAGUUUGAGCUCCGCCCCCAGGUGCUGCUCUCAUGUUCCCACGUGUUCCACAGGGCAUGUCUUCAGGCCUUUGAAAAGUUCACCAAUAAAAAAACCUGUCCUCUCUGUAGAAGGGACCAGUAUCAAACCAGGGUGAUUCACGAUGGGGCCCGGCUCUUCAAAAUAAAGUGUGCGACCAGAAUCCAAGCCUCCUGGAGGGGACACGUGGUUAGAAAGUGGUACCGAGAGCUGCGGAGGACGGUGCCUCCCACAGACGCCAGGCUGAGGAGGAGAUUCUUUGAAGACAAGCAACAACAGUUUAGCAUCCAUCCAUGGACAAAAGUGCCUUUGUGGGAGCUGCAGGAUCCAGCACCAUAGACCAAGGGACCCAGGAGGAGUCUGGGUCACCCUUGUGUCAGGUAAUAGGCAUACAUGCCUCAGUCCCAGCUGCGGACCCUGAGGUGGCCCAUGAACCUGCUCCAGCCCCACUCAGCCGCAGUCUGGGAGCCCCUGGAGAGCAGUGCCUUAGACAGUCACCCACAGAUGACAGCGCCUUUGUGGAAGUCCAGGUUUUGGGAGGGAAAGUUACAGCACAUAGUUGGAACAAAAAAAUACAAGUUUGGAUGCAUUGAAGAGGGUCAGAGGAACAGCUGACUUUACGUGUGUCACCCCUCCCCCAAGGAAGCACAGCUCAAGGCCGAGAGAGAUUUCACCCCGAUUUCUCCCACAGAGGAAAGUGAGAGCACCUGAGCGAGCACCUGGCCUCUCCAGUGUGGGAUGCCACCCAAGAGGCAUCUUUAUCUUGCCCCAUCCAGACUACUGAGUCAUGAGCUGCAUGACUGGGGGGUGGGAAGAGGCUGGGAGAACAGCAAAUAGGACUCACAGAGGCCAUGAAAGGGAUGUGGAUCUACUGAUUCUGUUUUGGACUCUUGUCAAGAAGCCUGCCCAUGAGCUGCUGGGGAUACCUCACCUGCAGACCCCCCCAACUGGCCCCCAGUGCUCCACGCACCUCCACCCCCUGUGGCGGGCCCCCUGUGCACACUCCUGAAGUGAGAGUGAGCUUUGGCAGACAGCUAAGUGAGCACAUGAAGAAAGCCAGCCCAAGCCUACAGGCCAAGGAGAGGCCACAAACAUGAGCAGCUUCACCCUUGGGAAGGCAAAGGGGAGGCUGUCCGCCUCCAGGCUGGUGUGUCGCAGGGUCAAGAAAAGACACACAAGCCUAAGAAUUCUGCCGCAAGAGGGAGUAAGAAACGCGGAGCAGGCGUAGCCGUAGAAGGUCUGAGAAAGGUUCCAAAUACCUAGCAGGGUUGAUGGAAGAUACUUCUCUCCUGAAGUCAGUCAGUGAAGACUGGAGGAAGUGACUGCUAUUUUCACAUGCCAAGACAGCACCACAAGACUUUAAGGAACAUAAAAAUCAAGGAAACAUGACACCACCAAAGGAUCACAUUAAUCUUCCAGUAGCCAACCCCAGAGACAUGGAGAUCUGUGAUUUACCUGAUAAAGAAUUCAAAAGAGAUGUUUUAAGGAAGCUCAAUGAGCUACAAGAAAACACAGAAAGACCAUUUGACAAAAUCAUGAAAACAAUGAUAGAAAUAUUUAAAAAGAACCAAACAGAAAUUCUGGAGAUGAAGAAUACAGUGAAUGAAGUGAAGAGUUCAAUAGAAAGCAUCAACAUCAGAAUGAAUCAAGCAGAGGAAAGAAUCUGUGAAGUAGAAAGCAAGACCUUUGAAAUUAUCCAGUCAGAGGAGAACAAAGAAAAAGGAAUCAAAAAGUGAAGAAAGCCUACAGGAUCUUUGGGAUACCAUCAAGAGAAGCAAUAUGCAAAUUAUUGGAGUCCCAGAAGGAGAUGAGAGGGAGAGGGGAGCAGAGAGCUUAUUUAAAGAAAUCAUGGCUGAGAACUUCCCAAAUCAGGGAGAGAUUUGGAUAUCCAAGUUCAUGAAGCUGAUAGGUCACCAAACAAACUCAAUUUAAAGAGAUCUUCUCCAAGAUACAUUAUAAUAAAACUGUCAAAAAUCUAUGACAGAGAGAAUCGUAAAAGCAGCAAGAAAAAAAUAAACAUAACUUACAAGAGCACACCUCUAGGCUAUCAGCGGAUUUUUCAGCAGAAACCUUACAGGCCAGGAGAGAGUGAGAUGAUAUAUUCAAAGUGCUGAAAGGAAAAAACUGCCAACCAAGAUGACUCUAUCCAGCAAAGUUAUCCUUCAGAAAUGAAGGAGAGACAAACACUUUCCCAGACAAACAAAAGCUGAGGGAGUUCAUCACCACUAGACCUGCCUUAUAAGAAAUGCUGAAAGCUCUUCUUCAAGCUGAAACAAAAAGAAUAUAUGAAUAUAUACAACACACUGGUGACAGUAUAUAGUCAAAUUUAGAAUACUCUAAUACUAUCGUAAUAUUGUGGGUUGUUAACCACUUAACUCUCUUAUAAAGGUUAAAGGCCAAAGUAUUAAAAAUAACUAUAGGCUACAAUAAUUUGUUAAUGAAUGCACAAUUAAAAAGAGGUAAAUUGUUGGGGCUGGCCCAGUGGCACAAGUGGUUAAGUGUGAGUGCUCUGCUGCGGUGGCCUGGGGUUCGCCAGUUCGGAUCCUGGGCGUGCACCGACGCACCGCUUGUCAAGCCAUGCUGUGGCGGUGUCCCAUAUAAAAUGGAGAAAGAUGGUCAUGGAUGUUAGCCCAGGGGCAGUCUUCCUCAGCAAAAAGAGGAGGCUUGGCAGAUGUUAGCUCAGGGCCGAUCUUCUUCACACACACACACAAAAAAGUAAAUUGCAACAUCAAAAACAUAAGAGUGGGGGAGGGGCCAGCCUGGUGGCAUAAUGGUUGAGUUCGUGUGCUCCACUUUGACAGCCUGCACUUCACGGGUUUGCAUCCCAGGUGCAGACCUACGUGCUGCUUAUCAAGCCAUGCUGUGGCAGGCAUCCCACGUAUAAAGUAGAGGAAGAUGGGCACGGAUGUUAGCCCAGGGCCAACCUUCUUCAGCAACAAGAGGAGGAUUGGCAACAGAGUUAGCUCAGGGCUAAUCUUCCUCAGCCAAAAGAGGAGGAUUGGCAACAGAUGUUAGCUCAGGGCUGAUCUUCCUCACCAAAAAAAAAAAAGGGGGGGGGUAAAAGAGUAGAGUUUUUGUAUGCAGUCAUAGUUAAGUUGUCAUCAGUGUAAAAUAGACUGUUAUAUCUAUACGAUAUUUUAUGUAAGCCUCAUGGUAACCACAAAGAAAAACUCUACAGGAGAUAUGCAAAGAUAAAGAGGGAAUCAGAGCAUACCACUGUGGAAAAUCAUCAAUUCACAAAGAAGGCAACAAGACAGGGAGAAAGGUACAAGGGAACCACAGAACAAUAAGAUGACAUUAGUAAGUCCUUACCUAUCAAUGAUUACUCUAAAUGUAAAUGGAUUAAUUUCUCCAAUCAAAGGCACAGAGUGGCUGGAUGGAUAAAAAACAAGGUCCAACUAUGCAGCCUGCCAGAGAGUCACUUCAGCUUUAAGGACAUACAUAGGCUUAAAGUGAAGGGACAGAAAAAGAUAUUCCAUGCAAGUGGAAACCAAAAGAGAGCAGAGAUAGCUAUACUUGUAUCAGACCAGAUAGAUGAACUCAAGAGCUGUAGCAAGAGACAAAGAAGGUCAUUGUGUGAUGAUAAAGAGUCAGUUCAUCAGGAGGAUGUCACAAAAAUUAACUCAAAAUGGAUUAAAGACUUAAACUUAAGACCUGAAAUCAAAACUCCUAGAAGAACACAUGGGGAAAAAUCUCCUCGACAUUGGUCUUUGCAAUGAUUUUUUGGAUAUAACACCAAAAGCACAAACAACAAAAGCAAAAAUAAAUAAAUGAGACUACAUCAAACUAAAAGGCUUCUUCACAGCAAAGGAAACAAUCGAGAAAAUGAAAAGACAACCUACAAAUUGGGAGAAAAUAUUUGGAAAUCGUAUAUCUGAUAAGGGGUUAAUAUCCAAAAUAUAUAAGGAACUCAUACAACUUAAUAGCAAAAAAAAAAUCUGAUUAAAAAAUGGGCAGAGGAGCUGAAUAGACAUUUUUCUACAGACAUACGGCCAACAGGCACGUGAGAAGGUGCUCAACAUAACUAAUCAUCAGGGAAAUGCAAAUCAAAACCAUAAUGAGAUAUCACCUCACACCUGUUAGAAUGACUGUUACCAAAAAGACAAGAUAACAAGUGCUGGCAAAGGUGUAGAGAAAAGGGAACCCUGUGCAAUGCUGGUGGGAAUGUAACCUGGUGCAGCCAUGUGAAAAACAAUAUGGAGGUUCUCCAAAAAAUUAAAAAACAGACUACCAUAUUCUAGCAGUCCCACUUCUGGGUAUUUAUCCAAAGGAAAUGAAGUCAAUCUCAAAGAGAUAUCUGCACUCCCAUGUUCAUUGCAGCAUUAGUCACAGUAGCCAAGACAUGGAGACAACAUAAGUCUCUGUCUUCGGAUGAAUGGAUAAAGAAGAUGUGGUAUAAAUAUAAUGGAAUAUUAUUCAGCCACAAGAAAAAAAGAAAUCUUACCAUUUGCAACAACAUGGAUGGACCUUGAGGGAAUUAUGCUAAGUGAAAUAAAUCAGACAGAGAAAGACAAAUACUGUAUGAUCUCACUUAUAGGUAGAAUCUGAAAAAGGAGAACAGAAACAGAAAGUAGAAUGGUGGUUGCAAGGGGCUGGGAGGGGGAAAUGGGGAGAGGUUGGUCAAAGGUACAAACUUCCAGUUACAAGAUGAAGAAGUGCUGGGGGUCUAAUGUACAGCAUGGUGACUGUAGUUAACAAUACUAUAUUAUAUACUUGAAAGUCACUAAGAGUAGAUCUUAAAUGUUCUCACUACAAAAAAGAAAUGGUAAUUAUUUGUGUGAGGUGAUGGGUGUGUUAACUAGCCUUAUUGCAGCAAACAUUUUGCAAUAUAUACGUGUCAAAUCAUCACACUGUACACCUUAAACUUACACAAUGUUAUGUGUCAAUUAUGUCUCAGUAUAGUUGGAAAAAAUAAUUAUAAUUGUUUUUUUUCUGAUGAAAUAAAAGCCCUGA